GCUCUGGGCCUCAGUGUACUAUGAAGGCAUAGGGAUUUGAUUUUACAGGGCAUCAAGUACCAGAACUGAGACUGGAAUUACGGUCAAUUCGUAGUAAGAAACGUCGAAGAACUACCACUUGCAAUGGCUAAGAGAAAUACAAAAGGAACAGUUAAAAAAGAGGCCAAGCCGCAGCUGGCGCAUAAGAAUGGGAAGAAGGCAGAGGUUGGCGGAGGAACCUCGUUCUUCACCUGGUUCAUGGUUUUAGCCCUUCUAGGUGUCUGGACCUCUGUAGCUGUGGUGUAUUUUGACCUUGUUGACUAUCAAGGUGUAAUUGCCAAAGCAAAGGACUUUCGCUAUAAUCUUUCAGAGGUAUUACAAGGUAAACUUGUGUCCUAUGAUGCUGAUGGUGAUGGGGACUUUGAUGUGGAAGACGCUAAAGUACUACUAGGACUGAAAGAUAAGCCCACCAUUGAGAACAGUGAACCGGUUAAGGCAGCCUCUGCUGAACCUGUGGAAGAAGCUCCAGACUCUAUUGUGGAGGAAGAGAUCCAAGCCAUUAAAGUUGAAGAAGCUGCUCAGCCGCCACCAGAACCAGAAACUGUGGAGGAGGAGCCAGUUGCUGAGGAAGAGCCUAUUGCUGCAGAAGAGGAAGUAGCUGAGGAGGAACCAGAGGUUGAAGAAGAGCAAGAAGUUCCCGAGGAAGAACCUGAAGUUGUGGAGGAAGUGCCAGAGGAUACAGACACUGUUCCAGUUGAGGAAGAGGCUUUUGAGGAGGCAAUGGAAGAGCUUGCAACAGAGGAAGAGGUCAUACCAGUUGAGGAAGCUGCUCCAGUGGAAGAAGAUUCAUCAGUUGAAGAGAAAAUAGAAAUAGUAGAUGAAGAUACACCAGAGGAGGAGGUAGUUGAAGAGGUUGCACCGGUGGAAGAAGCAAUUGAGGAAGUGUUGGAGGAAGGUGAUGCACCAGUGGAAGAGGUAAUAGAAGUAGUAGAAGAGAAUGCACCAGUAGAAGAACCUGUUGAGGAGCUUGUACCGGUAGAAUCUGCGGACGAGCUUGAGCCAGUAGAAGAAGCUGUUGAGGAGCUUGAGCCAGUAGAAGAAGCUGUGGAGGAGCUUGAGCCAGUAGAAGAAGCUGUGGAGGAGCUUGAGCCAGUAGAAGAAGCUGUGGAGGACCUUGAACCAGUAGAAGAAGCUGUGGAGGACCUUGAACCAGUAGAAGAAGCUGUGGAGGAGCUUGAACCAGUAGAAGAAGCUGUGGAAGAACCUGAACAAGUGGAGGAACCUGAAAUAGAAGAGCAAGUGGAAGAAGUAGAAACACCUGAAGAGACAGUUGAGGAGUCUGUAGAAGAGACUGUAACAGAAGAGGAACUUAUAGAGGAAACAGAUGAGGCAGGUCAGGAAGAUGAGGAAGUAGAAGACUCCAUAAUGGAGGAAACCAAGCUUGAUGAAGAGAAUAUGGAAGAAGAGGAGGAUGCAGCUUCUGAGGAAGAGCAGGCUGAGGAAGACUUUGCAGAAGAUAUUAACCAAACAGAAGAACUUGAAGAAGAGCCCACAGAAACAUAAAACAUUAGGAAGUGUGUAAGAUGCGGAGAGGACCAGCACCACAUGGCAUUCCACUGGAAGUGUGCAGCUGCCGAUUCCCACCAUGGAGUAAAAAAAAGAGAAUGCUACUAUAUUACCCUUUCAUUUUCCUGGACUUUUUCUUUUUUAAUACAAGCCUUUCUGUUAAUUGAUAAUGCAGUGUACAAGUACACAUUUAUUUGAAUGUUUUGUCAACAUUUGUUUGGUGGUUUGACCCCCCCCCCCCCCCCUUCCCUUUUCUAAUCCCUAUUUUGUAAUUACUGACAAAGCUUUUUCCCCAUCCUCUAACAUAGAUGUGAAGUAGCCAUUUCUUAAUGAUCAAGGAUGAUAGUUUGGUUUCCUAUGUAUGUACAAACACCACCAUGUUGCUUUGUAGCUCAGAGAUCUUCACAUUCAUCAGUGUCUCUCUUCGUUAAAUCUAAUUGCUUUAAUGUGAAGGUACUAUGCAAAGCUGCACUGAUCUUUUGCUCUUUUUACCCUUAGGUUUUGUACUACCAAUAUGUAUUGAGUCUACAUUUCCAAUGUUGCAUAUCAAGGACAAGUUUAUGCUGGCAGGUUAACCAAGAUAAUUGCUAUGUGAACUUUGUAUGAAUGGGCGUGCAUGUGCAUGUUUGUGUCAAUUUAAAAAAUCUUGUUUAACUUUAUGCGAAGCAAUCAUUUGAGCCAUUUUUCUCACUAGUAUGUAUUCAUGGUGUUUUCCUAUGUGUUUUUCAGUGUAUGGUCAACAUUUAAGUACCUCUGUUGGUAUUUUCCUCAAUACUGUAACUGUUUUGCUAAGAGCUCAGAGAGUGGAGAACUUGUUUUUGCAUUUCUUCAUAUUUAGAUUUCACAUUUUUUAAUUCAGAAGCAUAUCUCUGCUCCCCAUCAAACUUUAUUUAUAGUCAUGCCUUUUUCAGUAAGUCUUGUUUCAUAGGCUCAUGAUUUGACAAGCUCUAUUUCAGGCAAACACUCCAGCUGCUGUGCAGUGUGCGUAUGAGAAACCGUGUUGUUUAAUGGGAUUGUCAUCUUGUGUAAUAACUGGUGAAGGAUGCCCACAUAAAUAUGGAGCACCCUACUUUACAAAAUGUUUUAUUUUUGUAGCAGGGUAAAGAUUUUUCCUAGUGCUUUUUGUGGGACAUCACAAGUCAGUAUGUGCUAAUUAACUUGUCAAAUGUAAUGCACUGCCUAUGGAUUGAAUUCUCAGUGCAUUUAUUCUGGCCCUUUCAACUGUUGCAGGCACAUCUGUAAGAAUACAAUAUAGAAACAAUACAGUUUUGUUGUACUACAUUCAGAAAGGAAGAUGACUAUGGUAUUUUGUCACAUUAAUAUCGCAGAAAGACAAAAAUUGUUUGUAUUUGCUAUUAAUGUUGUCAUGGUUUUUAUCACAAUAAUGUAGCUUUCACCCUCGAUGCAGAGUAAACUGUUAAGAAACUGAAAACAGGUUUGAUCUUUUAAAGGAAACCCAAUUCUGGCUCCUGAAGUGUUUCACUGUGGAUUCUUUUAUUUUUUUUUCAUUUUUUUUCAUUGUAAUGUUGUGUGUUACACUGUGGUUUUAUGGGGCCUGCCAGAAUAGAUGUUGUUUUUGUGCUAGACUUUAGGAAAUUCUGCAAAUCUCUUCAAUGGUUUCAUAACAUAUACUGGCUGCAAUGUAGUUUUUAGGGUUUUCUUCUUUCUACAAAACUAGAGGGUGUUUUCGACCCCUAACACUUUUGAAGUCAAUGUGAAUUUUUAAAGUGGUAUUAAUUUCUUGUUUAGGAUUUUUAAGGAAUUCUUUUAUUUAGAAUUUGACACUUUAUAGUCAAAUUGAAUUAAUUCUACAAAAGUGUUAACUUCUCAAAGCCAUAUGUGAAAGGUUGGGUAUAGCAGCUUUAGUAUGGGUCGUGCUCUAAGGGACAGACCCCUCACAACCAGCAAUAAUACCAUGUGUAUAGGGGGUAAUUCUUUUAUUGAAAUCCACAUACAAACAGAUGUUUACUCAAGGCUUUCUAUUCAGAGGUUUACAUGAAAUCCUGCUGUAUAGGCUAACUCAUUUUAAGUUAUUGAGGCAUUGAAAUUAUAUGGAGUUUUGGGUGACAUAAAUCUGUAAACAACUGUAAAUGUUUUGUUUGAGUGCUGCAAUAAAGGUUGGGACAACAAAGUC